CAAGCUGGUUUGGCUGAACCAUGCACAUACGACCGCGUCUGAAUCGAUGCUUCUCGAGGAAAAACAAACUGAACCAGACAUCUCGGGCUCCCUUCCCAGUCCCCAUGGGAUCCUCCUCCCCUUCCCCGUCGCCGGAGCCGCCGCAGUCGUCCGCUCCUGCGGAUGGAGCCUCCAAUGCCAGCCUGCGGUGGCACAUCCUGCGCCGCGCCCUGCUCUCUCGCUCCGCCUCUCCCCGCGCAUCAGAGGGAACUUCUAAUGACCCGCAGGAGAAAGGUGAUACCAACAAAAUUUCAAGGAAGACGUCGCGUGGUUUUAAUCUGUUCGAGUGUCACACAGUGCCGAUUUCACAGUUAAAUAAAUCACAAGGAGAUUCAUUAAAUGGAAAUGAAAAUGGUGUGGAAUGCCAAAGAGAUGUCUAUGUUUGUUAUAAGCUGCCCUGUGGAGGUUCACCGGAACUUAAUGUAAUAUACAGAAGAGAUGAUUCCCUGGAACUAAAUGACAUUGAAGCUUCCAACAGAUUCAAUAUUGACACUACUGGACUUGUAUGUUGUUGGCCGUCUGAAGAGGUCCUUGCCUUCUACUGUAUCAACCAUUCAGAUAUGUUCAGGUCUAAAAGGGUGCUUGAACUUGGAGCUGGUUAUGGAUUGGCGGGACUUGUUAUUGCAGCCAGUGUAAAUGCUGGCGAGGUUGUUAUUUCUGAUGGAAACCCACAAGUAGUUGGAUAUAUCCAGCAGAACAUAUCCAUCAAUGCAGAAACUUUUGGUCAAACGAAAGUUAAACCUAUGACACUGCACUGGGAUCAAGAGCAAGCUUCAGACAUGUUGAACUCUUUUGACAUCAUUGUUGCAAGUGACUG